UUGUCCUCUCGUCCCGUGUUUCGGCAGCCAUUUUUGCUUCUGCACAGCCAUGGCGUCCUUUAGCUUCGGCUCCCUGCUGAUUCUCUCGGCGAUCUUCAGGUUUAUACUCAUACUCUACGGCGAGUGGCAGGAUGCGCACAUGGAGGUCAGAUACACUGAUGUCGAUUACAUCGUAUUCUCAGACGCUGCUUCUCUAAUGGCGUCCGGACAGUCUCCCUACCUGAGAUCCACAUACAGAUACUCACCAUUGCUGGCGUUUUUGCUCAUACCGAACUCUAUCUUCCAUCGUUGCUGGGGAAAAUUUCUAUUCUCGGCAUCAGAUUUGCUCGUCGGGUUCUUUAUACGUACUAUUUUGAAGAAACGUGGGGUUCCAGAAAAUUUAUGCAUCGGUUCUGUUAUGGUUUGGCUUUUUAAUCCGUUCACGUUUACCAUUGGCACCAGAGGAAACUGCGAACCUCUUGUUUGUGCAAUGGUUCUUAAGAUCCUUUUGUGUCUGAUGAACGGUCAGUUGCUACAAGCUGCAUUUUGGUAUGGACUCGUCGUCCAUUUCAGAAUUUAUCCAAUCAUCUAUGCCCUUCCAAUUCUUCUGAUUCUCAACCAGAAUGUAUUCAAAUCUGGUCUGAAUCCCGCUCUUCAAAAAUGGAGCCAGGGUGAUGAAAAGGUUCCCCAGAGCAAUUUACCAACGAGGUUGGCUCAUAUUUUUAAUCCAUGGUUUCUAUUAAGAUCCACAAUGACUAAGGAGAGAAUAAUUUUUGGCCUCGUUUCGGGUUCGAUUUUCAUCUUCUGUACUGCACUGUUUUACUAUCUAUAUGGUUGGGAAUUCCUGCAUGAGGCGCUGCUCUAUCAUCUUACACGUACUGACCCAAGGCACAAUUUCUCAAUUUAUUUCUAUCACAUCUAUCUUCACCAUGAACACGAGUUCUCGGUUGUGGAGAAGCUCAUUUCAUUUCUGCCUCAGUUAGUAGUGCAGCUCGUUCUCGUUUUAUCGUUUGCUCAAGAUCUUCCAUUCUGCUGGUUUGCACAGACAGUAGCAUUUGUGGCAUUCAACAAGGUGAUCACAGCACAAUAUUUUGUCUGGUUCUUCUGUCUUCUACCUUUGAUUCUUCCUUGGAGUAAGAUGAAGCUCAAAUGGAAAGGAGUGUUAUCGGUAUCGAUCUGGACGGGAGCACAGGUUCAUUGGCUGAUGUGGGGUUAUUUGCUGGAGUUCAAGGGAAAGAAUGUGUUGAUUCAAUUGUGGAUGGCAAGCAUCUUGUUCUUGGCUGCAAACACAGCCGUUUUGAGCUUAAUCAUCCACCAACACAAACUCACUGCGCUUUUCAUGCUACCUGAAACCGCAGCUGACAAUGCAAAGAAAUCCAAGAAAUCCAACUGAUGCAUUAUAUAUGUAUUUUAUGAGUAGUUUUAAUUGUUAACAGUUUUCUCUUUGUUGUUAAUUUCCGAGUUUAGCUUUGAACGGAAUUUUCAAAGGUGUAUGCUUCAUGUA